CAACGAUGCUCUCUCAUGGACGGGCUCAGUGCUGUUGCCAGCGUUGUUGCAGUGAUCCAGAUAUCUGCCCAAGUCUUUGAUCUCUGCAGGACGUAUUAUCUGAACGUCAAGGACGCCCGAAGAGAUAUCGAGCGACUUCGAAAUGAGGUCAAUUCGCUCCAGGAUAUCCUCGUCAAUGUCGCCGAUUUAGCUAAUGCACCGCAACCUCGCUUUUUACAGACUCUCAGCCUUAUCAGUCAGAAAGAUGGGCUAUUGGAGCAAUGCCUGCUGGAAUUAACAGCAUUAUUAUCCAAGCUCGACCCAGGGGAGGGCGCGAGCAAGGUGAAGCUUGCGCUGAGGUCAUUGAAGUGGCCUUUGCACAGCAAGGAAAUCGAUCAGGUUUUGCUCGAUAUCGGAAGAUAUAAAUCUUUCUUCGUUCUUGCUUUAAGCACAGAUCAGAAUUCCCUGUCUCUGGCCAUUAGUCGCGAUGUCUCAGACAUCAAAAAUCACCUUGAGACUCAGAAAUUAGACGAGAAUCGAGAAGCCAUUAUCAAAUGGCUGUCGACAACCGACCCGUCUGUCAACUUUCACGCCUCCUGUAGGAAGUGUCAACCAGAGACGGGGCAGUGGCUGAUAACUCGACCUGAUUUCAAGUAUUGGAGAGAGUUCCCCAACUCUUUUCUUUGGCUGUAUGGUAUUCCUGGGUGCGGGAAGACCAUUUUGAGCUCAACCAUAAUUCGACAUCUACAACAAUUCUCCGAGCUCCAGCCUGACUAUGCCGUUGCAUAUUUCUAUUUCGACUUCAAUACCACAGCAAAACAGGAGGUGACAGCUUGCCUGUCAUCACUAUUCUAUGAGCGCUGCAAUCACGGUAAGCUUCGGCUAGGGCUAGAUGAACUCACUGGAAUGCUAUGCGAAGUCAUCCAGAGUUUGGGUCAUGUUUUCGUCGUCAUCGACGCCUUGGAUGAGUGCCCAAAGGGCGAAGAGAGAGAUUCCCUCCUGGCAGUUCUCUCGAAUAUCAAAUCAAGGACGAUGUAUAAUCUUCAUACCCUUGUCACUAGUCGACGGGAACUGGAUGUUGAAGAGAAUCUUGCACCUUUGAUCACAAGCCAGCCAAUUUCGCUUCCGGGGGUCGAGGUUGACUGGGACAUUCAGGCACAUAUCUCGAGCGUGCUUGCAACGGAUCCUAAACUGAAGAAAUGGCCGGACAAUAUCAAGCAGGAGAUUAAGGUGACAUUAGCGAAAGGAGCUAACGGAAUGUUUCGGUGGGUAGUCUGUCAAUUAGAUGCCCUGAAGCGGUGCUUGAAAGUGAGCUUAAUUCGCAAAGCUCUCCAUGGCCUGCCAAAGACCCUGGACGACACGUAUUCCCGCCUAUUCUUGGAGAUAGAUGAUGCUUACCGAGAGGAUGCAAUGAAAGCGUUGCUAUGGCUAGCUUUCUCGGAUCGUCCCCUCCUGCUUGCGGAGCUCGCAGAAGCCAUUGUGGUCAGACCUCUGUCACAUCCUCCAUUCGAUCCUGAAGAGCGAUUUCCGGAUCCGGAAAGCGUCCUCCAAAUUCUCUCCAGCCUGGUGUCCGUUAACGAUGCAGGAAGAGAUCGGCUCUCGCGGAUGGGGACCGUCACUCUAGCACAUUUCUCUGUCAAGGAGUAUCUGAUCUCAGAUCGAAUACGAAAAGGGCCAGCACAGUACUUCGCCAUAUCAAGUCAUAUCGCACACUAUUUCAUCGCGGAAUGUUGUCUUUUAUACGUCUUGCACUAUGCCAACACUGCUACAAAGACGGGAUCAUUGGGGAAUUUGGCUGCAUUUCCCCUUAUAACAUACGCCUCAGCGAGUUGGUUUACACAUAUCAACAUGUUACCUGUGGAACAACAAAAGCCUUUGACCCCCCUUGCUCUCAAAUUGUUACUUUCGGCGGAUGCGUUGUCCAGCUGGCAACUCAUCCGCCUCGGCCAUCUCAUACCAUUUCCUGAUGAAGGUGCACUAUAUUAUGCAUCCUCCCUGGGACUUCUGGAUUGUCACGCCGGGGCGGCAUUCUUAUUAUUGUCACAUCGGGUCAAUGCCAAUGCUAAAGACUAUAUGGGAUACACGCCGCUCCACCACGCUGCCGAGAAAGGCCACAUGACGAUUAUUAAACUACUCUUCCAGUUUGGAGCACAGGCAAGCCCUAGGGAUGAUCAGGGAAUGACCCCUCUCCACCUUGCAGCUUUCCGCUCCCAUGAACAGAUCGCCGGGUUCUUGGUUGAGAGAGGAGCAGAAGUAGAGGUGGCGACGAUACACGAUCUACGGACACCCUUUCAUUGGGCGGCUUGGAAUGACUUAAGACCACUGAUAGAGUUGUUUCUGAAGCAGGGUGCAAAUAUCAAUGCCCAAAACUGGGACGGCGAAACAGCAUUGCACUACGCUGCUAGGGAUAAUCAAAAGAUCUUGCAAGAUCUUCUUGACCGCGGUGCAGAUCUGGAGGUUGAAACACAUUGCGGGGAGACACCACUUUACUGGGCUGCUGAAGGGGAACAAAGGGAGGCAACUGAGAAGUUGGUGAAGGCUGGUGCUAGAAUUGCACUUCCGCUCCUUUUGUUAGCCAAGGCGGAGUUUCCUGCAGCUCAUAGUGCCCAGUUUCAUUUGCUUCUUGAUGUGGGAAUGGCAGCGAACGAGGAAACAGCUUCGUUGACUUUGUUGGCGCUGCAGGAGUGUGCUCGUUUGGGGUAUACCUUAUGCGGUGAGUGUCAAAGGAUACUUUCAGAGGUAUCUGGUGGAAGUACCAUUCAGCAGAUUUUGCCAAUCAGGAAUUUGGUUGAGAACCUGGAACCUCCCGACUAG